AUGGCAGCUUCCCGAGGUGCUGAGACUCCAGAACAGACAAGUACUCGGCUUAGAGAUCAACGCAGAAGACAAGCGACUUCCAGAGCUGCUGAGACUCCAGAACAAACAAGUACUCGGCUUGGAGAUCAAUGCACAAGACAAGCGGCUUCCAGAGCUGCUGAGACUGCGGAACAACGACAAGCACGACGUGAGGAAGAUCGAACAAGACGUUCCACUUCAAGAGCAGCACGUUGGACAUUCAUGGAGCGGGAAGCAUUUCAAUAUGAUCCAACCAAAAGCUAUGCCAGUCGUCCUGAACUUUAUAUUGGACGAAUGACAGAGAUUUGCUCAUAUUGUGAUGCACUCAAGUGGCCUGGAGAAGCACCAGGUAUGUGUUGCUCCAAUGGUAAGGUAAAACUGCCAUCACUUCGACAGCCUCCUGAACCAUUGGAAUCAUUAAUGUCCGGCACAACAAUAACAUCAAAGCAUUUCUUGGAGAACAUUCGAAACAUGUGGUCCAUCCAAUCCGGGACAAUAUGGGGAUACUACAAAGAAAGUUUAACCGAAGACAUCCUCAUACAAGCUCGCAGAAAGAAUCCUGGAUUAGUUUUAAAUUAUAUACCUGAUAUGUUCAAUCAAACAUUGAUUAUUCUUGAAGAUAAAGCUCUGGGAAUGGCUGGCAAAGAUCUCAAACAGUUAGGUCUUCCAAGUCCUCAAAGAACUCUUGGCGAUCGAUUGACCAGAGAAAUAUUCAGAGAGACGAGCUACGACUUGAACGAUUUGAACAAGUAUAUAUCAGCAAAUGAACCAUUACUGUUACCAGAUCAGAGGGCUGCUUAUAAUGCUAUAUUAGAUCGGAUCAAUAGAAAAGCCGGUGGAACAGGAAAAACAUUUGUCAUUAAUCUACUCUUGGCUAAAAUUCGACAGGAGUCUAAAAUUGCAAUUGCAGUGGCUUCUUCAGGAAUUGCUGCUACACUGCUUCACGGUGGUCGUAUUGCUCAUUCAACAUUAAAGUUGCCUCUCAACCUUACACAAUGUGAAGCUCCACUUUGUAAUAUUAGCAAAGGUACUGGAGAAGCCAAAGUUUUACAAGAAUGUAAACUUAUUGUAUGGGACGAAUGUACGAUGGCACAUAGACAAGCAUUAGAGGCUCUGGAUCGUACACUUCAAGAUCUUCGUGGCAAUGGGAAACUCGUGGGUGGAGCUGUUUUGCUUCUAGCUGGUGAUUUUCGUCAAACAUUGCCUGUCAUCCCGAAAGGAACAAUGGCUGAUGAACUCAAAGCCUGCUUGAAAGCUUCAUACCUCUGGAGACAUGUUCAUAAGCUGGAACUCAAAACCAACAUGCGAGUUCAUUUACAGAGUGAUGUAGCUGCUGGCCAAUUUGCUCAACAACUACUUAGUCUUGGAGAUGGAAAAAUAGCUGCUGAUCCGACCACUGGACUUAUCACUAUUCCAAAUAAUUUUUGUAAUAUAGUAGACUCAAUAGAAACUCUGAAAACCAGUGUAUUUCCAGAUAUUCGACGCUGUUUUAAUGAUCACAAAUGGCUCUGUGAACGUGCUAUUCUUGCUCCGAAAAAUGGUAGUGUAAAUGCUAUUAACUUGCAGAUUCAACAACAGUUACCUGGUGUAGACGUAUCAUACAAUUUAAAAAAACCACACAGUAUUUUAGUAACUAUAUUAGAAUAUUUAACUGAAAAAUAA